CUAGAAGCAUGGAAUAAAUGAGCCCCCAAAGCAACAAAAGUGGACAAAGAGCAUCUAUCAAAUCUCCCAUCCCUAAUCUCCCCCUUGUCUUUACUCUUUACUCCCCUGCCUCAUUCCUUCUCCAAUUUUGUUCUCUUUUACCUUUGUUCUCACUUCUCAUUCCUACUCAAGUUCUCAACUCAACAAUGAGGACUAUCAUGGCAAGAACUCCUCAUGACUCCUCUUCAAGAAGACACUUCCAAUGGAUAAUGAACAAGAUUGAAAAAGUUAGCAGCGGAGAUAACAACAUUGGUGAUGAUGAACUGGUGGAGGAUGGGAAUAAAAGACGCCAACGUCCAGUUUCAUCCAUCUCCAGGUUUCGGUCAGCUCUCACCGCGGCAAUUGCAGCUCGGCGUAGCCGCUCGGCCGGUCUCGGUCCGAGAGUGACAGGCACUCUCUUCGGUCGACGCCGUGGCCACGUCCAUUUCGCCUUUCAAACAGACUCACGCUCGUCACCUGCUGCGCUCAUCGAGUUGGCCACGCCCACGAGCACGCUUGUCCGAGAGAUGGCGUCCGGGCUAGUGCGCAUCGCGCUGGAGUGCGAGCGCCGCAGCGCUGGGCCGGGUUCAGGCAAGAGGCUACUGGAGGAGCCGUUGUGGCGCGCGUACUGUAAUGGGAAAAAGUGUGGGUAUGCUGUGCGGAGGGAGUGUGGAACGGAGCACUUGAAGGUGCUGAAAGCGGUGGAGAAUGUGUCGAUGGGGGCGGGAGUGUUGCCGGGGGAUGCGCAAGACCCAGACGGUGAGAUGAUGUAUAUGAGAGCCAGGUUUGAGCGUGUUAUUGGUUCAAAGGAUUCUGAGGCUUUCUAUAUGAUGAAUCCUGAUGGAAAUGGUGGUCCUGAACUCAGUAUCUAUUUGCUUAGAGUUUAGAAUUAUUAUUAUUAUUAUUUGUUGUUUUGGUUUGUUUUUAAU